AUGGUAUGGGCGGGCAUUGAAGCAGGGAGCACAGGAAAGAGGGGAAGAAAACACCUGGAGUGGAGGAGCCAUGCUGAACUUUGGCAGUGGCUGGACCAAGCAAGAUCAAGUGGUGCCAUCGAAGCUAAGGGGAUGCAGUGGAUGGGGGUCACUGGGAGGGAUCUCAUUCUAGGAAGGACGGAGAAAGAAUGGGCAGAGGCAAUGGUCGCAUACAAAGCCUGGCUGGAACAAAGGUGAGCACAAGUGAUGCGGACGCACACAGGCACGUAACUGAUUUGUUGCGUCAUUGACAGUGCACCGGUGGAAGAGACCAUUUGGGAGAUUUUUGAGAGGCGGGCUUGGUCAGAGGAGGAAGUACCAGCCUGGCGGGGUCACCCGGCCUAUCAGGCUUUUGAAAUGGCUUUUGCCAUGCUUGGUGAGUUGCUCGACAGCGCCAGUAGCCUGCCGCCAGCCAUGCAGUGGGCGCUGGUGCUGGAAAGCACAGCCAAGGAGGUGCUUGCCGGAAAAUUGCUGUGGCAACGCAUGCAUGAGACUUGCAGGAUCACUAGUACAUGGGUGUGCUAUGUACAUGAAGCCUCCUGCUCUCAGUCGCGGUUUUGAACAGUCCAAAUCCCUCAAGGCGCUUUGAAAGGAUUCCGAGCUCCCCGCCACGUUCGCUGUAAAUCAUCUUCUUCCCUAUGUUCGAGAAGAACCAUAAGGUCUUGCGUGCGCAAUUUUCGUCUGACAUUGUGAUCUGCCAUGUCAAAAGCCACUCAGACUUCCCACGCUUGAGCGGUCCCUUUUGCUUGCAUACGACGCAAGGCGAUCGUCUGCUUUUUUUGAGGGGGGAGCGGGUUGAGGGCUCGAGAUGCGGUGCUGUGAAAGGCUUCUCAUCAAGGUGACAAAGCGCCGCAAGGCUUUAUCACCAGCAUGCAGAGAUGCAAACACGGAGGUGUGCGGCGUGGUCUCAAAGAAGUGAUGGCGCAAAGCACUGCUCUCAAGAACGAUGUGGGCAAAAGAUACACGCCAAUCAGUCACAGCAAGACUAUAGCACAUCUGUGCGUGUUGGGGUCACACAAGAAAAUCGGACGCUUAUGUGGUUGCGACUCACGUCUGCAACUGCUCAAUGUACAACUAAAUAGCGUGACAGGAGAAGUUUGAAUGGGACAGUCAUAAACUCAUAAACGUCUGCACUCAUCCUUGCCAGAAUGCGCGCUGCAGGUGAAGACAAGCAGAGUGCAUGCUGACUUUAGCGCUGGUGUCUGUAGCCAUCACUUCGGCCUUUAGGAUUGCGCAAGGUUCAUCAUACUUUGCAUCCUACCAGGCGCGUCUCGUGGCACAGAGGCAGUCGUGGACAGGGGAAUCAUUCUAA